CAGUCAUUGGCGUAAACGUACUUCAAAGUCUGUUCAAGAACGUUUUGCAGAAACGUGUCGUUCAGCACAAACCGUUCUGCAACGUAGCAAACGUUCAAGCGAAUUGAACGCACCUCUGAUUUAAGGGUCGGUGUGGCCGCUAUACAUAUCGGUGGCGGAUUCCCUUACUUGGAGGUGAGACGCUUUGCAGAUGAUCAAGACGUCAUCCGGAAGUGAGUGUCAAAGAUGAGACUGGAUUCACAGGAGGCAGAUGCUCCACUCUUUGGUGACGACGAUGAUGAUGCCCCCACCGCCGUCAGACAGAAGAAAUCAGAAAUCAAGCAUCCCCUGGCCACGUUCUUCCACCUCUUCUUCCGCACCAGUGCCAUUCUAGUCUACCUACUGUGUGAAAUCCUGAGCAGUAGUUUCAUCGUCUGCAUGGUCACCAUCAUCCUCCUCCUUUCAUGUGACUUCUGGACAGUCAAGAAUGUGUCUGGCAGGUUGAUGGUCGGCCUCAGGUGGUGGAACCAGGUGGAUGAGGAUGGACAGAGUCACUGGGUGUUUGAGUCCAGACCAGCAACCAGUAGAAAAGUUCAGACCAACUCUCAAUCACGGAUCUUCUGGCUGGGUCUGAUUGUGUGUCCCGUCCUCUGGGGCAUCUUUGUGUUCAGUACUCUCUUCUCCUUCAAGUUUAAGUGGCUGGCAGUGGUGAUCAUGGGUGUGGCUUUGCAGUGGGCCAACCUGUACGGAUAUGUGCGAUGCAAAGUAGGCGGGAAGACCAACUUGAGGAGCAUGGCAACCAACUACCUUGGCAACCAGUUCUUCAAACCGGCAAUGGCCAAACAGGGACCCUAGAGGUGGACGUGCAGAGAGAAGAAACAUUAGCAUUGCUGCUAAUGUCAUAUUUUAUGUUAUCAAGAGGAUCUAGCCUUGCUUUAACUGAUGCGUAGGCUACUGUUAUUUUUCUUAAUUCCUGUUGGACAGGUGGAAGGAAUCUCUCUAUUCUGAGGGAACAGGGUUGUUUCCUACAGAGUCCUACAAACUGUGUAGUUUCAAACUAAGAUACUACUAGGUUUCUUUGUAUGUUGGUUUAAUUUGUUUUCCUGCUAACAGCCUUGUUAAUGAUUGAAAACUGCUGAUUGUAAUAUAAGACUUUUGUAAAUAUUAUAUUUACAU